UAGACCAACUUCUUUGACCAUGUCCCUCAAUAAUAAUAAUAAUAAUGAUAAUAAUAAAAAAAUUAGAUUCCUUCCUUUUUGUCCUCUAUAAAUACAUCCUCCCUCUCCAAAAAAACAAAAAAAAAAAAGAGAAAACACACGCAAAUUACGCAAACAUGACACUCCCUCUCCUCCACACCCUCGCGUCCCUCCUCGUCACGUGCUCCCGCCGCGUGUCACGUGCGGCGCGCCGGCUCCGCCCGGGCCCACCGCACUUGCUCCCCCGAUUCCUCGGCCCGCGCCGCAGAAAGAUCGCCGCGGAUAAUCAUAAUCGCCGCCAAAAACUCGCCGAGGAGGAGGAGCAGCAGCAGUGCUACGGCGAGGAGGAGGCGGAGGGGGAGGGGGAGGGGGAGGGGGUGUGGCGCAGGGCGAUACUGAUGGGGGAGAAAUGCCAGCCGUUGGAUUUCUCGGGCGUGAUCUACUACGACUCCGACGGGCGCAGGCUCGACGCCGCGCCCGCCCCGCGCUCCCCGGUUCGGGUGACUCCUCUUCCUCUCGCGGGUUCACAACGGGUCGCGUCUCUUGUAAACGGGUAACGGGUCUUACCCGUGCGAGCUUUGUAGUUGUUGUAGUAGUGUUCAUAAUUUUGUUGGUGAAAAGGGGUAUGCCGAACUUAUCUUCUUUACUAUACGAACUAUUAUUCUAAUUCGA